CAAGCCCUGCUGGAAGCUGGAAGCUGAAAGAGAGAUUAAAAAUGAGAGUUUCAGUAAUUCUGAUAGCUUUACUCCCCUGUCUCUUAUCUUCAGUUUAUGCUGAAAGUAAGUCUCGAUAUGGAAAACAAAAUGUACCAGCUGAUCUUCAGCAAUCUACACUGGUUUGCUCUGUAGACCAGUGCGUCUAUCUGAUGACUGAAGACGCAAAGCUGAAGCAGAAACUGGAGGCAAUGGACUCACGGCUGAACCAGGUUACGUACAAACUGAAGACCGCCGAGACUCAGCUCGGGGUUCUGAAACAGGAGAAUAAAGAUCUGAGUAAAGAACUUACAUCUCUUGGUUCCAGACUUAAAUCAGCCGAGCAGAAGCAGGGAGAGCAGCAGGCCCAGAUAGAAGCUCUGAAGAAACUGCCUUCAGGCAGAACCAACGUUGUUUUCUCGGCUUCUCUGCGCAGUUUUGGAAAUGUCGGGCCUUUUAAAACCGAAACCACUUUAAAAUACAGCAACGUUUUCACCAAUGUGGGCAAAGGCUACGACAGUAACACAGGAACCUUCACAGUACCGGUCAGUGGUGUGUAUCUUUUCAUGUUUUACAAUCACGCCCUGGGCGCUAAGGCCACCUACCUGACCCUGACCAGGAACGGGCAGCGGGUCGUCACCACCGGCCACCAUAGGAACACGUUCGAGAGCUCCCAUAACGGAGCCAACGCCAUCACCCUCCAGCUCAUGAAGGGGGAUAAGAUGUGUAUCCGGCUCUGGGCAGAAAACUGGGUUUUUGAUGAUGAUAAAAAUUACACAACUUUUACUGGAAUUCUGCUUUUCACUGUGUAAGAGUGUUCAGCUCUGUGCAGAGGUGUUAACUGGUCUAGAUUAUAAAUAUCACUGGAUAAAAUAAAUCAGACCUGUACUCAAAUGCAAGCAAAUAUAAUAAAGCUACUUCAAGCAACA